GGGUAUGUGUGAAGGCGCAAUAGCGGACUAAACGUGGGCUUUACACACUCGUCGAAUUUCUUUGAGAAAUCGCUAAAUUUUGGAGUGAAAUUUUAAAGAAAAUAUAAUGCCGUCGGCGGAUAACGAUACAGAUGAGAAGCCAAGCUGGGCUGACCUUGUUGACGAGGCAGGCGAAACAGGACUGACAGGUCAAAUUCCACCGUCAUCAGAAGUCAGAGAAGGGGAAAAUAAAAUAGUAACAGAGUACAAGCGGGAUGAUGAGGGUAAACUGCAAAAGAUCAUAACCACGUAUAGAGUAGAAACAAGACGAGUAGCCAAGGAAAUUGCAAAGAGAAAGUUGUGGAAGAAAUUUGGGGACUCAAAGAAUGACAAGCCUGGCCCAAAUAAGACAACUACAAAUGUGUGCGACGAUGUGUUUCUGAUACUCACAUCCAACAAAGAGAACCCUGAUGCAACUGAAGAGGAUCCAUUGAAAAAGCUGUCCGGCCAAAAGAUUGUCCAGUGCCGUAUCUGCAAGGGUGAUCAUUGGACCACCAAGUGUCCUUACAAGGACCAGCUUGAGGUUAUCCAUCAACAGCUUAAGGAAGAUGAUGGCACUGGACAACCUGGUACCCCUCCCUCGGAACCUGCCAAUCCUGCCGCUGCUAGCACUUCUGGAAAAUAUGUUGCACCUGGACUUCGGGAUGGUGCUAAUAGGAGGGGCGAGACCAUGCCAUCCAGGUCUCAACGAGAUGAAACAGCCACAAUCCGCGUAACCAACCUCUCAGAAGAAACGCGAGAGUCCGAUCUACAAGAGCUUUUCCGCCCACUUGGCCCUAUUUCCAGGAUUUUCCUGGCCAAAGACAAGUUUACCAACCAAUCAAAGGGUUUUGCCUUCAUCAAUUUUGUUCAUCGUGAAGACGCCGCACGUGCUAUCGAAGUUCUCUCUGGUUUCGGCUAUGACCAUCUUAUCCUCAAUGUCGAAUGGGCCAAGCCAUCAACCCAGCAGUAGUAGUCAAAGAUCAAUAUUUCCAAGGCUGACUUGAUUGUAAACAAGAGAAGUUCUUUAACAUAAACUGAUCUCAUGCGA